AUAAUAUUGUAAUAAUUAUCAAGGUAAAAGUAGGUGAUUUGAAUUAUAGUGAAAAGUAAAGAUAUCACCGUUGAAAGUUAGUCAAUGGUAACUUAUGGUUAUCAAGUAUGGGUAUAAUAACAAUCAGCUUGAUAAAUUGUUUAAACUGUGAAUACUCAAAGUAAAGUGGUUUGUUUUGAUUAUCUAAUUGCUUGCUGCCCUGAAGGUUAAUUGAGCUCUUUUGCUCUCCAAACCUUGGCCGGAUUUGUUGAGGAUUUAUUGACAACUUGUUAAUGUUGAUUGUGACCACAAUAAUUUUUAAUAACAGUAAAACUUAUUUACACUAUUAAGCAAAGAGGAGUUUACUUAAUAAAUCAGCGUAAUCGCUUUUAAUUUUUGACUCUGAUUGCUUUAGCUUUUGAUGAUUUUUAAUUUGGAUAACAACUUGGACAAGGAUUUUUGACUUUCUUUUAACAAACUUAUUCAGCCAUUUUUUGUUCAAUUUCAUUCUUAUCCAAAAGGUUUUAACAACGACAACCUCUUAUCAUCUAUAUGUAUAAUAUAAUAACUUAUUAAAAUUAUUAUUUGUCAUCUUUAAUUCACGUGAUUUAUUCCAAUUCAUAUUGAUCACCAAUUUUGUUAUAAAAUCAUUAAUGAUCAACCUUUAAUCGGACGCACAAGGAAUAUUUUUAUUCAUUGUUUUCUUCCCUUUUAUUGAUCUGAGUUUAUUCCUGACUUCAACUCAUGAUGUUUCCAUCCAAAGGAACUAAAUUUUUUAUAUUAAUCAUUCUAUCAACUCUUAUUUUAGUUGACUGCCAAAGAAAUAAUCGCGGCCAGUCCCGUCGCAUUAAUCGAUUUAAGAAAGCCACUGAGUCCAGUUCAACAUCAACACCAUCAACAAACUCAUCAACAUCACCAAAAACAUUAAAUGUUACAUCUGAGAAAUCUGGUGAAAUAGAAUCAAUUGAAAGUGAUUUAACCUCAACCAAUGCUUCAUUGAUCACCUCGAGCAAUGGUAAUGGCAAUGGUUCUGAAAGUAAAGGAUGGAAUGCUAAACUUGGAUUCUGUCGAGAAAUCGUCAGUCAAUAUGGAAACGAUAUAAGAAGUGUUUUGCUUGUUGGUAAUUUUGCCUUCCCAACUAGUCGAGAAGCAAUUGAUGCUCAUUGCGCACUUGGAGAUCGAGUAUAUAAAGCUUUACGUAAAUUUUCAACCAGUUGCUUAACUUCAUUGCCUCGUCAAUUGUUUUCAAUAUUUUUAAGAGGACUUCGUAAAUUGAUUAAAAAUGUUUGCCAUGCAUCGAAGGAAAAAGAAAGAGCGAUUGAAAUCCUUAAAUGUACAACUGAUGCAAGUUUACCUGGUUGGAAUGUGUGUUUGAACGUGGCUAAUCGACAAUUUGAAUCGACGGCAAUCAAUUCAACGGAUGCACAAUUAUUUGGAGAUUUAUGCUGCAUGUACAAUCAACUGGAAAAUUGUGUUCGAGCCAAUUUACAGAAGAGGCCCGAAUGUGCAUCAAAACCAUUUGAAGUGUCUAAAUUUUUCCAACAAAUGAUCGAUGCAACAUUAAAAGAUGUUAUGGACAUUGCUUGUACAAAAUAUGCCACUGAAGGUGAAUGUAUAAAAAAUAACGCUGAUGGUUUAAUUAGAUUAAAAGGUGCUGCUGAUGCUAACUUCGAGGUAAAUGAUAUAUUCUUGAUUGGUCCACUUCUCAAGAUUUUCCCUCGAUUGGCCAAUGAUUAAAAUAUCAACAUGUAAGGAUCACUGUUGGAUGAUCGGCGACCAACAUGUUUAAUAGCUUUCAUUAGUGAACAAAAUCAUCUCUUUUUUGAAUCAAAGUUCCAGUUUGAAAUAAUCAAAUUCAAUAUGUAAACGCCAUUGAGGCCUUCAAAAAUACUCCACAACUAUCUGAUAUCCAGAUUGUCUUAAACCAAAUUAAUAUAUUUCUCAUUCUCUCGACUUUGUGUUACUUUAUCUAUACCUGUUGUUUAAUUGAUAAAUAAUAAAAGAUGGUUAUCAACAAUAAA